AUGUGGAACAAGAGUAUGCCAUUGUUAAUGCUGCCAGAGAACACCAAAGAUAACCCUAACUUCUCUAGGAAUAUAUUUUGUCCAAAUAACCAAAGAUGUUACCAAUUAAAACUCCCUCAAACUUUUGGGGCUAGAUGUUGGGGUUCCUCUUGUGGUUGGAUUGUGACUCUUGAUCUUAACCAAGACUUGUAUAUGUUUAACCCACUAACCAAAACUCGUAUUCCCCUACCUCAUCUAUCGACCAUGCCCGGGUAUGAGGAUUUUCCUGAGAAAGAUGAUAUGGAUUUUUAUGAAUUAAGAGGUGUUUUCUUGGAAAGGGUGCUUGUCAUUCAAGUCGACGAUAGAGGAGGUGAUUAUAUUCUUAUAACAAUUCCUGGCCAACCUAAUGGAAUCAUAACGUAUGCAAAGCCAGGUGAUCUAGUAUGGACUUCGGUUAUAACUAGGGAGAUACAUAUAGAAGCAUGUGUUAAGGAUGUUGUGCGUUGGGGUUCACAAAUCAUAUUCUUGUAUGCGGACGGAGUAACUGGAUAUUGCGACAUCAAUGCAUGUAAUCAUUCAAAUUUAGAGGCAACGACGUUAAUGAAAUAUCUACCUCCACCCUGA